AGACGAUUGGAGCCGUUUGAGGCGCAGCGGCGAUGGAGAAGUAUGAGAAAAUCAAAGUUGUUGGGAGAGGAGCUUUCGGGAUCGUCCACCUCUGCCGGAGGCGCAGCGACGGGGCCUUCGUCAUCCUGAAGGAAAUCCCAGUUGAGCAGAUGUCACGGGAUGAACGCUUGGCGGCCCAGAACGAGUGUCAGGUGCUCAAGCUGCUCAACCACCCAAACAUCAUCGAGUACUACGAGAACUUCCUGGAGGACAAGGCCCUGAUGAUAGCCAUGGAGUACGCACCAGGUGGGACGCUGGCUGAAUACAUCCAGAAGCGCUGUAACUCCCUCCUGGAUGAGGACACCAUCCUCCACUUCUUUGUGCAGAUCUUGCUCGCUCUCUACCACGUUCACAACAAACUGAUUCUGCACCGCGACCUUAAGACUCAGAACAUCUUGCUGGACAAGCACCAGAUGAUCGUCAAAAUCGGAGACUUCGGCAUCUCUAAGAUCCUCGUCAGCAAGAGCAAGGCGUACACGGUGGUUGGGACUCCCUGUUACAUCUCCCCAGAGCUGUGUGAGGGAAAGCCAUACAACCAGAAGAGCGACAUCUGGGCUCUGGGCUGUGUCCUGUACGAGCUGGCCAGCCUAAAGAGAGCUUUUGAGGCGGCUAAUCUUCCCGCCCUCGUCCUGAAGAUCAUGAGCGGAACCUUCGCUCCGAUAUCGGACCGCUACAGCCCAGAACUCCGGCAGCUCAUCCUCAACAUGCUCAACCUGGACCCAUCCAAACGGCCCCAGCUCAAUGAAAUCAUGGCUUUGCCCAUCUGCAUCCGGCCGCUGCUUAAUCUCUACACAGACAUAGGCAAUGUGAAAAUGCGCCGGAUUGAGAAACCGUUGUCGACCGUUCAGCCGCGAGGCAGACCAGGAGGGAGAGUUCCUGCUAACCGGACCAGAGACGCAUCUGCGGGUCUGGGAUCAGGAAAGGUGUGUUCUCUCCCGCUGUCCUCCGUGUAUACCUGGGGAAGUGGGAUAACGGCGCCUCUCCGGCUGCCGAUGCUGAACACAGAAGUGCUUCAGGUGUCACUGGGUAGAACUCAGAAGAUGGGAGUCACCAAGUCCGGCCGCCUGAUUACCUGGGAGGCUCCCUCCGUUGUGUCUGGAGAGGCCGGUCUGCCAGGCCUGGUGGAUCAGAUGCAGCCGCUGUUCAUGUCCCGUUUCCUCGAGGGUCAGUCAGGGGUCACCAUCAAGUCCGUGUCCUGUGGUGAUCUAUUCACCACCUGCAUGACAGACAGGGGUAUUAUCAUGACAUUUGGAAGCGGAAGCAAUGGCUGUCUGGGACAUGGAAACUUUAAUGAUGUAACACAGCCUAAGAUUGUGGAGGCUCUGCUGGGCUACGAGUUGGUCCAGGUGUCCUGCGGAGCUUCUCACGUCGUCGCCGUGACCAAUGAAAGGGAGGUGUUUGCUUGGGGAAGAGGAGACAACGGUCGCCUUGGCCUGGGCACCCAGGACACACACAACAGUCCCCAGCAGGUGUGUCUGCCUGCAGAGUUCGAGGCUCAGAAAGUGGUGUGUGGCGUGGAUUGCUCCAUGGUUGUCAGCACGCGGUGCAGCAUUCUGGCAUGUGGAAGCAACAGGUUCAACAAACUUGGUUUGGACACGAUUACAGCUGGGGAGGAACCGAAUCCCGUGAAUCAGGUUGAAGAAGUCCAUUCUUACACUCCAGUUCAGUCAGCCCCGCUCAACUCUGACAGGAUAGUUUACGUCGACAUUGGAACCUCCCAUUCUGUUGCUGUCACAGAAGAGGGCCGUUGUUAUACGUUUGGCAGCAACCAGCACGGUCAGACGGGCUGCAGCUCCCGGCGCAGCAGCCGGGUGCCCUACCAGGUGCUUGGCCUGAAGGACAUCACCUCGGCCGCCUGCGGCGACGCCUUCACCCUGGCCAUUGGAGCUGAAGGUGAGGUGUACACAUGGGGAAAAGGGGCUCGCGGUCGCCUGGGAAGAAAAGAAGAGGAUUGUGGGAUACCGAAGCCGGUGCAGCUUGACGAGAGCCACCCGUUCGCAGUGACGUCGGUGGCCUGUUGUCAUGGCAACACCCUGCUGGCAGUCAAACCUUUGUUUGAGGAUCCUGGUUCUAGAUGACUUUGAGCUGAACACAUAGGAUGGAGACCUUCCCUAAUCAUUACCUCCUCGGUCCUCUUCUGCAUCCGGUGCAUUUGUG